AUGACGACCGUCUCUAUAGCAGCCCAUUAUGAUUCUCGAGCAGCGACUUACGAUGGCCACACCCCUUAUCACACCAAUCUCGCCAAUCUAUUCGUCGAAUACGCGAAACCAGUUCAAAACGAUUCCAUUUUAGAUCUUGCGUGCGGGACUGGUCUUGUAACAUCUGCGAUGCUGCCGCAUGUCGUUGAUGAGCAUGGAAACUUUCACAAGGGGCAAAGAAUCAUUGGCGUUGAUGUCUCAAGAGGUAUGUUAGAGGUUGCAAGGAGCAAAGGUGAUAGGAGAGUGGAGUUUGUGGAGGGUGAUAUCGGAGAUUUGAGCUCGAUUCCGAAGUUGGACGGUUUGCAAUAUAGCUUUGAUAUUGUAACGAUUUGUUCAGCGCUUGUUUUGUUCCCGGCUGAGAAGCUUGGUGAUUUGAUGAAGCAUUGGGCGAGUUAUUUAAAACCAAGUGGUAGAUUGGUUGUUGAUGUUCCCACGACGAGUGCGAUGCUUAGGCUCCGAGCUCUGAGUGAGAUUUUCCCCAGCUUGGGACUGAGUAUGAUGGGCGAUAGAAGAUGGAUCAAGACGCCUGAUAGCUUGGGAAAGCUAUUGGAUGAGGCUGGGUUGGAGACAGACGUUGCAACGGUGGACCACGAUGAUAGAGACUUAAUGCGGACGUUACCGGCGAGAACUAAAGUGCUUGGGCGGUGGAAGAAAGAGGGGAAUGGAGUGUUGAUGAGGCAGAUCUAG